AGGUCUCAUCUUUGCGCCUCCCCAAACACGUCGUCCGGAAACUCGACACCAACCAAUUACGACUAACGACAUGAUCUAGUCUGAUCAACUGCACGUCCAGCUCAGACAACUUUCGGCGCAUUCAUUCCCUGGCUAGCUGCCGUCGAAGCACAACAACAACGCGUCUAACAUACAACCAUGGCGCCUCGUUUCAAGACGGCCCCUGUCGGCUCGUCGCAAUGGAUCCAGACUGAGCGCGACCAGGCCGCCGAGUUCGUGGACAUGGAGGUCGAGGAGUUUGGCUAUGCUGCUCAGAAUGAGAUGGAAUGGCUGAACGAGCACAUGGCCGAGAUUUUCAGCAGCAAUCCUGUAAGCUUUGCCGACAUUUUUAAGACUCCUGGAAAGCUACGAGGAAAGACUCCCCGUACUGCGCGCAAGAACGCCGCUCGUGCCCCUCUGACUGACCUUUUUGCGCCCAACCCUCAAUCCACCUUCAGCCCUGCUCCCAAGAACAAUUUCUACUCCAAGGUCGCCCAAUUCCAGAUUGCCCAGGAUGCCGACCAAGAGCGCCCUCGCUCAGGAACUUCUAGAAGAAGCCCUCUACGCGUCGGCAAGGAGAACACCGACUCUGGCUACCACGGUAUGACCGAGGAUGAGAUGGAUGUGGACUCGCAGCAGUCCAUGAUCAAGAACAGCCACGCCCAAGCCCCCGAUCUCGAGCCUCUGCAAGAGCACGUCACAAAUGAUCCCGUAGUUAACGACACGGCUUCCUUUGUUUCGGCCAACGAAGAUGCUGAGAACGUCGCAGAGAACGUCGCAGAAGACGAUGACCAGGCCACUGUGCCUGACCCCGAGUCUAGUAGCCGACCCGUCACACAGGACUCGAACGCGCCGUUCGCCGACGAGAACUGGCAAGCCGAGGAGGCCCAGGAAGAAAACGACAUGGCAGAUGAGGAAGAGCUGGAGGAAGAAGACGAGAACGCCAAAUCGCCAUCCGACACAUCUACACCCGACAAGCCAUUGACGCGUAAGAGCAGUUUGACUUUCGCCGCGCUGCCUGCUCGCGAGCCUCUGACUGCUAAGCGAAGCAUUGGCCCAAGAGGUAGUCACAUGGACGCGUUCGGUGGUGCUCGUACCAGUGCCUUGGGUAAGAGCUUUGGUAUUACACAGCAGGGACCCUCUCAGCCAGCAGACGAUGCCGAUGAACAUAACAAGACGUCAACUCAGAGACUGCACGAGCGUAUAACUUUACUCGGCCAGCAAAAGGAGCCUCGCACCUCAAAGUCGAUUCACAUGCCGAUUUAUCCUUCUCUGCCCGCUCACGAACACAGGUCUACUGCCGGGGCUUCUCAAGAGAACAUGCCUGGAGAUACUCAACCGCUUGUGGACGACGACGAUGACUGGAUUGCUCCUAUCCGUACCAGCUCUCGUGCCGCUAGUGGCGUCGACACUCAGAAGCUGAACGACCAAGUCUCUGAUUCGGCCUCGGUCGAGGAAGCGCAGCCAGCAUUUAGUGGAAUCCCCAAGCCUGCACUACGCGAAUCGCCAUCCAAGUAUUUCAUGGGUCACCACAAGUCCAACUCAACAGCCACCCUCGCUUCUCCCGCAAAGGUCGCAACCGCUCCUCACCAUGCUCAUCAUCAGAAGAACACUUCGGUCUCUAACCCCAACUUCCCUCCCACUGUUGGCGCUUCUACUCCUACCGCUUCUCCUCUCGCUUCUCCAGCAAAACAGAAGUUCGCAGAUGCUCCAAUCAGUGCAUCCAAGGCCAAAUUCUACUCGGUCAUUAAAUCUGCCAAGGGCAUGUUUGGCAGUAGUGCUGCGGCCAGCGCCCAUGCGAAAUUGGGCUCACUCUCUUCUCCCCGCCCACUUUCUGCUGCAACUUUCGAGCGCCCUGAUCCGGACAUGUCUAGGAUGCCUGGUGGAUUGUACCCUGAUCUUGGCCAAAACAGGCCGGCCACCGCUCUUGCUGCAACUGGUGGAAGCAGACGCACCCGCAGCUCUACUGAACACGCCCGUAAGAACAAAGACGAACAAAGUGCCAUGGACGAUCUGGAAAGAGUUAGACAGCAAGAGGCCCAAAAAGCUCACGAAAAGGCAGAGAAAGAAAAGGCUGCCGAGGCUGCACGAUUGGAGAAGGAGAGACUCGCAGCUGCCGCUCGCCCUGGAGCUGCUUCUCAACAAUCAUGGAGGUCAACUGCGGACGAGGGAAGCGAUGUUGAUGAGACAGGCCCUCCAGUACCCCCGAAAACUGGCGCCCCAGCAGGCAAGCUGAGAGCACCUGGCAGACUAGCCAAGCCUUCUAGAUUGGGUAGCAUUCAACCAAAGCCUGCUCCUGUCAGCAUCAAGGUUGCAUCAGGAUCACAGAGACUUGGUUCCACUCAGCCGGGAAGCUCUUCUCAGGACAUGAGCGUCGCUCCGCCGACCCGUCAACAGCCAUCGCGAGCUGGCAGCGCUCAACCUCCCACAUUGUCAAAGUCAGUCGGCGCUGGUGCUGGCUCAGUUCGCAGUGUCAAGGCCCUCGAGGCUGCAGCUAGAAAGAAGGAGCAAGAUGAGAAGGUGGCUCAAAAGAAGGCAGAACAAAAGCGCGAGAUUGAACGCAAGCGAGCUGCCAAGGCCGAAGAAGAUCGCAAAGCAGAGCAGGAACGUAAGGCGGCUGAGCAGCAGCGACUUCAAGAGAUCAGAAUCGCGGCACAGAAGCAGGCUGAGCAGAGGAAGAUCGAGCAGCAAAGACAGGUAGCUUUGCAACAGAAGAAGAGUGCUGAGCUGGCUGCCACUCUCGAGCAGGAGAGACAGGAGAAGCAACAAGCACAAUCUACGCUCCCCCGUGGCGACAUUGGCGGCACAUUGAGACAGCUGUCCAAGCAGGACCGACCCGCACCACAAGCCAACACUGCAAAGCCCGCCAAGCGCCCACUCCAGCAAGAUGCAGAAGAGUCAUCGCAGCGUCCUACUAUUGGCAGAGCGCCAGCAUCGUACCAGCAGCAAGGUGACAAGAGACGCAAGACUCUGGAGGGCGAGGAUGAUGAGGUCGACCGACCAUCAGACAAUGCAUUGACAGCUCCUCCCAAGAGACCAUCCAACAUGCGCAAGGAGUCUACCUUGAACAAGUUCCCUCAUGGCUACACGCAUGCACCUCCACCGGCUGCUCACCAUUCUCAGAACAUGUUGAAGGCUACAGUUACCGCGCAACAUUACGCACAGCACGCCAAAGCAGGCAUGCACCCUAAUGACAUGAUGAAGCUGUCAACCGCCCGAAUUCCUUUUGCAGAAAACUCCAAUCCUCCUGGAGCAUCUUCGAGCAAGGGACCACCCCCAUCCGCCUUCAAGACUCCUGGACGACCGGCAGCUCAGGUUAUUUCUAAGAAAUCGGUGCCUAAAUCUGCCAAAUCCUCGCCCUUGUACCCCAACGGCGACAACAUCAACCUGCCUGAGAUUGCCACAGACAGUGAAGAUGAAGACUCGGACGAUGAUCAAACUGGCGGCUUCCGAGCACCAUCUUGGGUUGCUUCACCAGCACUUCGCGAUUUGCUCACGCAGCAGCAAUUGGUGGAUCCUGAAAGCAUCUUCGGACCCAUCGCACCGCUACAGAUGGAGGAGGUGUUCCGCAACAGCAAGAACCCCGAACGAUUGAAGAAGUUCCGUGAGCGUGGAUCUUCAGCUCGCUGGGUUGAUACCGGAGAUGCAGUCACGAAAGAGGAAAAGGUCAAGGAUCGCGAGAUGCGUGCACGCGUGGUCAAGGAAGGUGGCUGGAGGUUCGGACAGGACGCUUAAACAUGAUGGACGGCAUGAGCAUGUGUGCAUUCAAGAGCACAAGAAUUUCGUAUUUCUUUCAUCUCUUCUUGUUCUGGGCAUGAGGCUCGUUUUUCAGCCGCAACGGAGUUUUGGGUAGCGGGUCUGUGGCUUUUAGUGGUCGAUCUUUAUUUGUUUGCGAUGCUGGGUGGAUCCGAAAAGGACGGAUGAAACGAUACAGCGUCGGGAUAGGACGGGGAGUCGAAUAGAAGAUUCUGGCAGCAAGUCGAUGGUAUUACUCUCUAAAUGCAUUAUGUGUUAAACAAGAUUGGG